CUUGUCGCAAUACGAGUGGGACAAAAAUAAUAACGCAGAAUAAGGAAGUGUUUAUGUCAUGCUGGAACAUUGAAGCUUCCUAUUACUGGAUUCGAGUUACCAGGAUCCAUUCAAACGCUAGAAUAUUCUACAUCCAUAUGUCUCCGGCCUCAGGAAUGUUGCUUGAUGAGACCCCACUGUUCGAUCCAUCUCUCCUCACAGAGCUGGACUGGAGUAGCAACACUGUCCACUUCUCACCCCCAAUUUCCCCCUCUCUGCCUGGGGAGAGUCUGGUCCUUCGACCUCUCUGUACUGCUGACUUAGACAGAGGCUUCUAUAAGGUCUUAUCUCAGCUCACAGUAGCAGGGGAUGUCACAGAGGAACAGUUUAAAGCAAAUUUUGAACAUAUGAAGAGAAGUGGAGACUAUUAUGUCAUAGUGGUGGAAGACACAAAUCUUGGACAAAUUGUUGCCACAGCAACACUUAUCAUAGAACACAAAUUCAUCCACGCUUGUGCAAAGAGGGGGCGUGUGGAGGAAGUGGUUGUGAGUGAUGUAUGCAGAGGGAAGCAACUUGGAAAACUGUUGGUAUCAACAUUGACUCUCCUCAGCAAAAAGUUGCAGUGCUACAAAGUAACGCUGGAGUGUGCACCGAAAAAUGUGGAAUUCUAUAAGAAGUUUGGCUAUUCUGCAUCAGAUGAGACCUACAUGCAGUGCCGGUUCUUUGAACUGAACAGGACAUAGAACAUCAUGGCUUAAAACUCUGAGCUGUUAUGAGGUCCUUUCUGCGAGACACUUAAACCACAUCCACACUUAUCCAUUUAAGUUUGAAGACUUUGUUUUCAGUUUUCUAACGUCAUCGUUGUUUUCCAAAGUAUGCGGCUAUGAUUUUGAAAGUCUGUUUUCCGUAUAGGUAAAUGCUAUUCUAGUGUGGAUGAGAGGUGUAUAUGUAGCUAAAUGAAUGCGUCUUCAAACGAAAACAUAUUAGUGUGGAUGUGACCUUCGAUCAGACUACUUCGAAGUUGCACCUUUUUGUUUUGGUCAGCAAAAUAUGCAGCCAUAAUAUAUUGUGGGAUGAGCAGUAUUUUAACUUAAGAACACAGAACAAAGUGGACUUUCAUGAGUGUUAUGUCUAAAUGUCAGCAGUCAAUGUCAAGCACUAAAAAAACUGAAUAACUUUAAAUAAUGAUAACAUAUGCCUCUUCCAUCAAAAUUGGCUAGAGAAACAUAAGAUUUGAUCAUAUGUGUGGUCAACACUGUAAACCACAGAAAAAAACAAACACUGUGGCCUGUUGGAGAAGACAAACAUUUUUACUUAAAGGGCUUACUUGAAUACUUUCUAAAGUAAAGACUGAGAACAGAGAUACCAUUUCUGUUCAAGGGGAUGUAUUUUUUUUUUUUUUAAAGAGGGAAAGCAAACAUUUCUCAGUAUCUCAGAAACUGUUUUGAAAUAGUUUUAAAAACUUGCCGUUUACAAAACUGCAUGUUUAAGGCAUUUUCCCCUCUUUUCUUAAGAUUAUGGUGUGGUUUGUGCAUAAUGUUCUUUUAAAAUGUACCAAACCUCCAAUCACAUUUUGCAUUAUAUUAGCAAGUUCUAUGAAAGCUGUGUAGAAUCUUUUGGAAGUUAUUUCAAAUCUCUUGCAGCUACUUUGCUUCAAUGUAGAGAACAAUAAUAGACACGGUUUAUUUAUUAUAAUGCACUUUUCUGGCUCUAGUCUUAGCCACUGGUGGUAAUUAUAUUGAAUCAAUAGUUAUGAGCAAAACCGAGAUGAAGGCAAAUAAUUGUAAAAUAUUUCCUAAUGCAAUGAAAGCAUACCUUUGUACAAAUGCAUUUAUUUUUAUACCUUCAUUGAUAGAAGUUAGACAAAUAAGGUGCAUCCACAUGCUUUUCCUGUGUGGCUCUCUUAUCUGUCAAUCAGCAACUAAAUAUGUGGCAGUGAUGUUUUUUCUUCUUUUAUAACGUAUGCAUUGAAAAUCACUGAAUGACAAGUGGGUGAAUGGGUUAAAAUGUAACAUGAAAAAUAAAUGAAAAUGGCAAGUUCA